GCGAAUUCUUUUUUUAUCAGUAAUCAGUAGUCAGUAUAUAAGUAUCAUUGUAAAUUGCACUAUUCUGCAUUAGCAGUAAUAUUUUUCAGACAUGAAGCCUCAAUAUUAUGCUAAGGUCAAAUAUAUAGAUGAUCAUUUACGAGACGUAAAGCCCGUAAACGAAAUUUUGGAAUUUCAAUCUAACCCUCAUGCAAUAAAAAAUUUUGAUAAGGAUGCAGUAUACUCAAUUUUAUGGAAAGAUGAAAAAAUGGUAAAAGAGAUUGAAGUUGGCAUCCAAAUAGCUGAUAUAAAAAUGAUAAGAAGUGAAGAUGAAUUAACUGAGUUCAAAAACAAAAGAGGAGUUUUUAGCAUACUCAACCAAUCAGUAUUAAACAGAUACUAUGACAGUGAUUCAGAAAGUGACAGUUGCAAGAAUACUCCACCAAAAUUAAAGAAAACAAAAGAAGUCACAGGAAAAGAGGAUAAGAACAAAGAAAGAAGUAAACAAAAAAUGAUUUGUGAUAAUGAAAUAGAAAAGCAGAUUCUACAAAGUAAGCUAGCAAAGUUUGUAAACACAAAAACAUUACACUACGAUAAUGAGAAAGAUUCUGAUGAUUCAAAUAAAGAAAAACAUAGUGAAAUUGACAAUAUAGAAGAGGUUUCAAUUGGAAUGCGGCAUGGAAAGGUAUUAAAUGACAAUCUAUUACGGAAAAAAUUUGAAAAAUUGGAAGAAGAAUGUUCACACUUAAAACAAAACCAGACAAAACUUCAGAAUACAAUAGAUCUUCUGAAUGAGCGCUUAGAAACAUACAGAAUAAUAAAUGAACGAUUGCAAAUCCAGAAUUUGCAUUAUGAUUUACAAAUAAAAGAAUUAACUAAAAACGAGAACAUUCAUCAAAGAUCAACAGCAGCAGUGGAGGAACAUAAUGCUGCAAUUGGUAAAGCAUCGACUCCUAAAAAAUCAUUCUAUUCAGAUUAUAGAUCUGGAAGUAUGAGCGAUGAUGACUUUGUAAGAUCUCGCGAAUUACCUUUACCUGAAAUCUCGCCAAAUAUUGAUAAGGAACUAGAAGAUCAUUCACAACCUGAAACCGAUAAUGAUUGGAUGGAACAGGAUAUGUUCCAGGAUAUUGAUGUGCAGAAAACCCCAGACUCGAAAACAAAAAGAAAAUUAGAUUUUGAACAAAACUGGAGUCCAUCAUUGCUACAAAAAAAAAAAGAAAUCAGAAAAAUCUUUUGAAUGUGAAACCAAUACUAGCGAUUCUGGAAUAAUGGAAUCAAGAUCGUCGGUUUCAAAAAAUAAUAAUGUUAAACUGUCCCUAAAAGAGUUUUCAACGUUAUCACGUAAUUUUUUGGGAAAGAAGUCUGCACCAAAUACUCACAAUGCAAAAAAAUUAAAGACACUUGAAAAUCCGUCUCAAGAAAUCAACAGGAAUUCUGCAUCGAACUCAAGUAUAGAAGACGAAUAUGAAAAUGUAAAUAAGUCUUCAGAUGUUUCAGAUUUUGGAAAUUUUGGUCACAGGGAAACUAUCACGAACAAUGAUGGUAUUACGAGAACAAUCAUAUGGUUGAAUAAAAGUUUUCAUAUGGAAUACGAGGACUGGAAAAAGUAUCUGUCAUUGAAAGAUGGUAGUAAAUUUACCAAAGCUAUUUUAAGAGCGAUGCAUACUGAUGAUCAUGACUCUUAUGAGGUACAAUUAAGUACACGAUGUGUCAUUGCGGACAAAACUGCACCAUCGCCCAAUGGAGGAAAUCGAAGAGUGCCUCUUACUGAAAUGGAGCAUAAGACAAUCAGUAAAUGCUUGAUCUACUAUUGUCAAAAAACAUUAAAAUUGAAUAAAGAAGGUAUUAAGAAAGUGCUAGCAAAGAAAAAUAGUUUUAUAUCGGAGGAUAUCAAUUUCUGCCGAAAGAAAAUUAGAAAUGCCAUGAAAUCUUCUAAGGAAAAUUGAUUGUAAUCAACAUUAAGGUGCCCAGUGAGGCUUAAAAAUAGAAAAUUUUUAUAAAACAAAAAUUAUAACUUAAUAUAUUAAAGUUCACAUUUUCGUAUUUGGUCUUUUUACUCCCCAUAUCUCCCGGCUUUUAGGACACCUCAUCCAACGGCUUAGUGUUUCAGAGUUUCUUUUCCUAGCCAUUGCUUUCUAUGUAAUGCUUCUACUUCACAGCAAUCCCGUACAGAUAACCGGGUCUGUCAGUUCACGAUUACAGGACCCAAACGACUGCAAAACCGCGGUGUUCAUUUUGGCAGAUAAAUUAAACAAAAGUCAUUGCUACCGCCGAAAAUCAUAUCCAGGUAUUUUGCACGACUUGCGCUCUAUCCGCUGAAUCAGCGCGUCUAUUUGUAUCAACUCAAAUAUCUGUA